UUGUUGAGUGUUUGGUUAAAAAUUCGUUCACAAUGAUGGCCUUGUGCGAAGGUGCAUUAUCAUGGUGCAAAAUCCAAGAAUUUUCUUUCCACAAAUCUGGCCUUUUUCGUCGGAUUUGCUCUCUUAAACGCCGCAUAACACUCAAAUAAUAUUCCUUAUUUACCGUUUGACCUUCCGGCAAGAAUUCCGAGUGCACAACACCGCGAUAGUCAAAGAAAACAGUCAACAUGACUUUGACUUUUGAACGACUUUGGCGUGGUUUUUUCGGUUUCGGUUCAGUUGGAAGGCGCCACUCCGAAGCUUGUUGACUAGUUUGCAUGUCAAACUCGUAAACCCACGUCUCGUCACCAGUAACAAUGCGUUUCAUGAAUGUUGGGUCGGAAUUGACUCGUUCUAGCAUGUCCUCAGCGACUCUCAUGCGAUUGAGUUUUUGAAAAAAAUUCAGGUCUUUUGGGACUAGCCGAGCGGCAACAUGUUUCAUACCCAAAUUAUUAGUUAAAAUGGUACGGAUCGACUCGUGAGAUACAGAAAGUUCGGUGGCUAUCUCUCUCAAAGUUGAAUGAGGAUUUUCAGUCACUAUUUCCUUCACUUUUGCGAUUUUAACCCUACAGCGCAUACAGUUCCACAUCUGGUACAGAUAAAAUAAAUAAGUCUACUGUUCGUUUAAAGAUACGUAGCAACAUUUAUCGACCGACGGAAUAAUCUUUAAACACUUAGCAACGAUUUAGUAAUUGCAAAUGUCACUAGAUGGCGUUAGCUAUCGAAUAAUGUUGUGAUUCUUACAGAGUUUGAAUGAUCGAUGCGAGUUCGUGUUUUACGUAAAUUGAAAAAUCUAAAUAAAAUAGUUUUUGUAAGAUUUUGAAGCGGAUAAAAAUAUAUUUACAUUAGAAACAGUGUAUAAUAAACGAAGGUAAGUAAUAUUUUUUUUUAAUAUUACUAUUUUAUGUAAAAAUACCAACUUAUUUAAAUGUUCCAGAUAUGGUACACCAUGCAUUAAUUCACUUCUAAUAUGUUGUUUCGGUUUGAUUUCAUUACAGAUUAUGGCGAAGAAGGUAUUAUCUGACGAGUAUAUUGAGCAGUAUUUAAAUAUACCCUCAGGGAGUGAAGACGGUCUAGACUUUUCAAGUGCGGAAAGUGAUGAUGACAUGGCGAGAAUCAGGGAAAACUUGAACCAAAUGAGUGCAGAUAGUGACUCUGAAAAUGAUAUUGAGCCUACCAGGUAUGCACCAUCAUCUUCUACUAACUGUAGUACUACCCUCGCCGAAAACAACUCCUCCGCCGAAAUAAAUCCUCGACCCAACAUUUCAAAGCCAAGUACGUCAUCACGCCAAAGUAGAAGUUCUAUCACUAUGCCAGUUACCAGAAAUCGGAUUUCGGAAAGAAAGAAAAGAAAUUUAAUAUGGAAAAAGAAAUCUUUACAGGCUGAACAUCCCCAAUUUUCUGGACAUACAGUUUUAGAAUCGCCAAUCACAACUUUCGAUACUCCAUUGCAAUAUUUUUCAUAUUUUUUUGAUGAUGACCUACUAAAUCACAUAGUUGAAGAAAUGCAUAAAUUCAGCAUACAAAAAGACCCAUCUAAACCCUUCUGUAUUACCACAUACAAUCUAAAAAAGUUUUUAGGUGUAUGUUUGCUCAUGAGCGUUGCUCCUUUGCCUAAUACACGAAUGUACUGGGAAUCUGAGUUAGGUAUACCUUUAGUAAGAGAGACUAUGACCGUGAAUCAUUUUGAAAAGAUAAGACAGUUCUUGCACUUCAACGACAACUCCUUACAAGUACCAUCAGGCCACCCAGGACAUGAUCGCCUUCAUAAAAUAAGGCCAUUACUAGAAACCCUAAAAAAGAAAUGCCAGAAUAUACCUAAGAAGGAGACGUUAUCAGUGGACGAACAGAUGUGCGCAACAAAAGCUGCAAAUUUCCUACGUCAAUAUCUUCCCAAUAAACCGCACAAAUGGGGAUAUAAGCUUCUCGUGCUUUGUGACGAUAGAGGCAUGGCAUAUGACUUCGAGAUAUACUCUGGAAUGGAAAAUAAUUCUGACUUGAGAUAUGCUAAUGAGCCUGACUUGGGUGCAAGUAGUAAUAUAGUAGUUCGCCUAGCACGAACUAUUCCGAGAUACCAACAAUAUAAAUUAUUUUUCGAUAAUUACUACACUUCAGCUGAACUUAUUUCUUUCCUUUCGAAGCAAGGUAUCCAGUCACUUGGAACGGUAAACAAAGGUCGACUGGGCAAAGAUUUGAAAAUCCCAUCCCUGAAAGACUUGAAGAGUACUAAAACAGAACGAGGCCAUUCAGAAGAAUGGGUAGCUGAUGUAGAUGGCACGGAAGUUGGCACAGUGAUGUGGUAUGAUAAUAAGCCUGUAGUUUUGUCUUCAUCUUUUGUAGGGCAACAGCCCAUUGAAAAGGUUAGCCGGUAUUGCAAGAAACAAAAAAAAUACAUUGAAGUGGAUUGUCCUAAAAUAGUAAAAAUCUACAAUCAGCAUAUGGGGGGAGUGGAUUUGUUAGACUCCUUUCUUGGAAAAUACAAAAUAAGAAUGCGUACUAGAAAAUGGUAUCUGCGUUUGUUUUACCAUUUUCUAGACAUUGCCACAAUAAAUAGCUGGCUUCUAAAUAAGAGGGUGGGAGAACAGAAGAAUGAGCCAAGUGCGAUUAAAUUAAAAGAUUUCAAACUGGAAAUCGCUAAAAGUCUUUGUAUGUGUGGACCAUCAUUACAAAAAAAAAGAGGAAGACCGCCUUCUGCCACUGACGACGCGUUGGAGAAGAAGAAAAAAAGAAAUGCAGCAAUCCUUCCCCCUCGAGAUGUCAGACUGGAUAAAUUUGAUCAUCUGCCUAUAUGGAACCAGAAAAGACAACGCUGUAAAUAUCCACAAUGUAAAGGGAAAACUUAUAUAUUUUGCGAAAAGUGUCGUGUUGAGUUGUGUUUGAACAAAGACAACAAUUGUUUUUAUAAAUUUCAUCAAUAAGUAGAGUAACUGUAACUUGAAAACUAAAUAUAUGAUUAUGUUCAUUGUUCCUGAUUAUGAGCCAAAUAUUAGUGUUAAUGCAUACUGUACCACAUAUGGAACAGAUUUAAAAAAAUAAAUAUCUUCUUAAAUAAUAUUUUUUUAUUAUUAUUAUUAUCAUUUAUUAUGUCUAGACGCUAUAUAGAACCACAUAUAUUUUAAUGACAACAUUUAAAAAAAUCAUGCAUUGUAGGGUU